AUGGUUGGACGACGACGGAGUCUGUGCAGCGUAAAUUCUUUGGUAUCAUUGGCUUUCGUAGCAACUGUCAUCGUAGCAUUCAUGGUCAUGAUGGGAGAGACUCCCGCUCCGUCCGAGCAACACACUGUGUAUAGCACAGUCACGGGAUAUUUCCUCCAGGAUGAGGAAGGAACGGAUCCGAAAGGAUUUGAUUUCACGACGACCAAUUUUGGACUUAUGGAUAGAAAAUACCCCGCAGACGCAGACCUGAGUACAAACAGCAAGUUGACCCAGUGGCAACGCUUUGCGAGAGAAGUCACGAGGUUGAAUGGGAAAGGUGGCUCGAAGGUCACCUACAAGCUUCUUUACCUUGGCCGCCAUGGAGAGGGUUACCACAAUGUAGCCGAAGCUUUCUACGGCACCGAUGCGUGGAAUUGCUACUGGUCCUUGCAAGACGGUAACAGCACCAGUACCUGGGCCGACGCUCUCCUCACGCCGACAGGUGAAGGCCAAGCUUUGAAAGCCAAUGCCUUCUGGCGCUCCCUCAUUGCUGACCAGAAAGUCCCAACCCCACAAUCCUACUACGCCUCCCCCCUCAUGCGCUGCUUAGCCACCGCCAACCUCACGUUCUCCGGCCUCGACCUCCCAAAAGACCACCCCUUCAUCCCUACCAUCAAAGAGGGACUAAGGGAAGUGAACGGCGCGCAUACCUGCGACAGACGUAGUCGCAAAAGCGUCAUCGGGGCAAAGUAUCCAGACUGGCCCUUCGAAGAGGGCUUCACGGAGGAAGACGUGUUGUGGAAGGCCAAUCUACGCGAAACAGACGACGCCAUCGACCAACGUACGCUCGCUGUUCUCGACGACGUGUUUGCAAGCGACAAGAGCACGUAUAUUAGUAUCAGCGCGCAUUCGGGAGAGAUAGGGAGUAUGUUGCGAGUCCUCGGACACCGAGAAUUCAGUCUCGGAACCGGCCAAGCGAUUCCGGUGCUCGUUAAAGCGGAGCAGGUUCCUGGUGCCCGGCCGCCGCAGAAAGAGGCACCGUGGGAGAAAGUCGAGACUUGCUCGACAGUUCCACCUGCGCCUGCGCCUGCGCCAACAGCAGCAGCGGCUGCUCUUACUUGA